AUGAGCGAAGGAACCGUUAAAGAAAACAAUAAUGCAGAAUUCAAUGCUUAUCACACAUUGACUGCAGAAGAAGCCGCUGAAUUCAUAGGCACAAGUCUGACUGAAGGUCUCACUCAAGAUGAGUCUCUCCGCAGACUGAAAGCAGUGGGAGAGAACACAUUGGGUGAUGACACCAAAAUUGACUAUAAGGCAAUGGUUCUUCAUCAGGUAUGCAAUGCAAUGAUUAUGGUCCUUUUAAUAUCUAUGGUAAUCUCGUUUGCCAUGCAUGAUUGGAUUACUGGUGGCGUUAUUUCUUUUGUAGUCGGAGUUAACGUCGGUAUUGGCCUAGUUCAAGAAUAUAAGGCUACAAAGACAAUGAACUCUUUGAAAAACUUGAGCUCUCCCAAUGCUCAUGUUAUUAGGAACGGGAAAAGUGAGACUAUAAACUCAAAAGAUGUGGUUCCAGGUGAUAUUUGUCUGGUGAAGGUCGGUGAUACUAUUCCUGCUGAUUUACGUUUAAUUGAAACUAAGAAUUUUGAUACUGAUGAAUCACUACUGACCGGUGAAUCUUUGCCUGUCUCCAAAGACGCCAACUUAGUGUUUGGAAAAGAAGAAGAAACCUCCGUGGGUGAUCGUUUGAAUUUAGCAUUUUCUUCAUCCACCGUUGUCAAGGGAAGAGCCAAGGGUAUUGUCAUCAAGACAGCUUUGAAUAGUGAAAUUGGUAAAAUUGCAAAAUCUCUACAAGGUGAUUCAGGUCUCAUUUCCCGCGAUCCUAGUAAGUCGUGGUUACAGAAUACAUGGAUAUCUACAAAGAAAGUUACUGGUGCAUUUUUAGGUACAAAUGUCGGUACGCCCCUGCACAGGAAACUGUCUAAGUUGGCGGUAUUGCUUUUCUGGAUUGCCGUACUUUUUGCUAUCAUUGUCAUGGCCUCCCAGAAGUUCAGUGUAGACAAGGGUAUAGCUAUUUAUGCCAUCUGUGUGGCUCUAUCUAUGAUUCCCUCUUCAUUAGUCGUUGUCCUGACCAUCACCAUGUCUGUUGGGGCAGCUGUUAUGGUUUCUAGAAACGUUAUUGUAAGAAAAUUAGAUUCUCUGGAAGCUUUAGGUGCCGUUAACGACAUCUGUUCUGACAAGACCGGUACUCUUACACAGGGUAAAAUGUUAGCGAGGCAAAUUUGGAUCCCUCGCUUUGGUACCAUAACUAUCUCGAAUUCUGAUGACCCCUUUAAUCCCAAUGAGGGCGACGUGAGUUUGAUUCCAAGGUUUUCACCUUACGAAUAUUCUCAUAAUGAGGAUGGUGACGUUGGUAUUCUCCAGAAUUUCAAGGAUCGCCUAUACGAAAAAGAUUUACCAGAAGAUAUUGACAUGGAUCUAUUUCAAAAGUGGCUCGAAACCGCCACUUUGGCUAACAUUGCUACUGUUUUUAAAGAUGAUACAACAGACGGUUGGAAGGCUCAUGGUGACCCAACAGAAAUUGCGAUUCAAGUGUUUGCUACUAAGAUGGACUUGCCCCGCAGUGCCCUUACCGGUGAGAAAUCGACUAAUCAAAGUAAUGAGAAUGAUCAAUCCUCUCUUUUACAACACAAUGAGAAGCCUGGCAGUGCACAAUUCGAACAUAUUGCUGAAUUCCCAUUCGACUCAACUGUGAAGAGAAUGUCAUCUGUCUACUACAACAAUCACAACGAAACAUAUAAUAUUUAUGGCAAGGGUGCUUUCGAAAGCAUUAUCAGUUGUUGCAGUUCUUGGUAUGGUAAGGAUGGUGUAAAAAUCACACCAUUGACCGAUUGUGAUGUCGAAACGAUAAGGAAAAAUGUUUACAGUCUAUCAAAUGAGGGUUUAAGAGUCUUGGGUUUUGCCUCCAAAUCUUUCACUAAAGAUCAAGUGAAUGACGAUCAAUUGAAAAACAUUACUUCAAACAGGGCCACCGCAGAAAGUGAUUUAGUUUUCCUAGGGUUGAUUGGUAUUUACGAUCCACCCAGAAAUGAGACUGCCGGUGCAGUCAAGAAGUUUCACCAAGCUGGUAUUAACGUUCAUAUGUUAACUGGGGACUUUGUGGGUACAGCAAAGGCUAUCGCUCAGGAGGUUGGCAUCUUACCCACUAAUUUAUACCAUUACUCUCAAGAGAUUGUUGACAGUAUGGUCAUGACCGGAUCUCAGUUUGACGGACUAAGUGAAGAGGAAGUAGACGACUUGCCCGUCUUACCUCUAGUUAUUGCACGUUGUUCUCCGCAGACUAAGGUGAGAAUGAUCGAAGCUUUACACCGUAGGAAAAAGUUCUGCGCAAUGACGGGUGAUGGUGUUAACGAUUCUCCAUCUUUAAAGAUGGCCAAUGUUGGUAUCGCAAUGGGUAUCAAUGGUUCAGAUGUUUCCAAAGAAGCGUCCGAUAUUGUUCUAAGUGAUGACAAUUUUGCUUCUAUUCUGAAUGCCGUUGAAGAAGGUCGCAGAAUGACGGAUAACAUCCAGAAAUUUGUUCUGCAAUUAUUGGCAGAAAAUGUUGCUCAGGCUUUGUAUUUGAUUAUUGGUUUGGUAUUCAGAGAUGAAAACGGAAAAUCAGUAUUUCCCUUAUCACCAGUGGAAGUAUUGUGGAUUAUUGUCGUCACCUCUUGUUUUCCUGCUAUGGGGCUAGGUCUAGAAAAGGCUGCUCCAGAUUUGAUGGAUAGACCUCCUAAUGAUUCAGAGGUUGGUAUUUUCACAUGGGAGGUUAUUAUCGACACAUUUGCAUACGGGUUUUUGAUGGCUGGUUCUUGUAUGGCCUCUUUCACUGGGUCACUCUACGGAAUAAAUAAUGGUGGAUUGGGAGUUAAUUGUGAUAGGUCUUAUAACAGCAGUUGUCGUGACGUUUAUAGAUCACGUUCUGCAGCUUUCGCAACUAUGACGUGGUGCGCUUUGAUUCUGGCUUGGGAAGUGGUUGACAUGAGAAGAUCUUUUUUCAGAAUGCAUCCAGACACUGACAGCCCAGUCAAGGAAUUUUUCAGAAGUAUUUGGGGAAACCAGUUUUUGUUCUGGUCAAUCAUUUUUGGAUUUGUGUCAGCCUUCCCCGUCGUCUAUAUUCCGGUUAUUAAUGAUAAAGUGUUUUUGCAUAAACCAAUUGGUGCUGAAUGGGGUCUCGCCAUUGCAUUCACAAUUGCAUUCUGGAUAGGUGCUGAACUUUACAAGUGUGGAAAGAGGCGCUAUUUCAAAACUCAGAGAGCGCACAACCCGGAGAAUGAUUUGGAGAGUAACAAUAAGCGCGAUCCAUUCGAAGCGUACAGUACUUCUACUACAAUCCAUACAGAAGUUAAUAUUGGUAUUAAACAAUGA